AUGAGUUCCCUACCACCUCUUCCAGACGAACUGCGAUUUAUUAACCCGUAUCUUCAAAAAGGACAAGAAUUGCAAAAGCGGGAGCCUGUUAUUUCUUACUUCUGCACGUAUUAUUUUGGGAGGACCUUUUUUGGUUUUGGUAAUUAUUAUGCGGCAAAACUCGCAAUUGGCAAAGGAUUAAAGACUAAAGAGAGCAAAGCAUUUCUUGCGACGUUGUUGGAUGUACUUGAAGCGGAAAAGAAAGGUAUGGCUGAACAUGAAAUAAUCAGCAACGACAUGGCAGGAUCGGCAUACGUGGAAAAUUUUGGAUUGAAAGUUUUCUUUAAUGCAGAUAACGAAGAUCGUGCUGGGAAAGCUACAAAAAAGACAGCCAAAAAUUUUUUCCACGCUUCGCAGUUUCUAGAAUUAUUAAAGAUCUUCGGAGACAUUGAUCCAGAGAUUGAAAAAAAAAUAAAAUACGCGCAAUGGAAAGCUGCCAGUAUAAAUAAAGCGAUAACUAAUGGACAAACACCGGUCCCUGGUCCAGCAGGCGGUGAAUCAAAUACCCAACAGGAACAACAAACGAUAUUAGAUGAUGGUGGUGGUCAAAUACAAAAUGAAACACCUAGUUUUGAUCAAUUUCCCUCUGCUCCAUUAUCUUCAUCUACUAUUUCCGAUAAUAAUAACAACAUCAAUUCUAAUAAUGUUCAAGAUCCUUGGUCACUAUUUCCUUCACCACCUACUCAAGAGAAUAAUAAUAAUAAUCAACAACAGUCACCAAUUAUCUCACAGCAUCUUGAUGUUACUUCAACAACCACACAUGAUCAACCUACGAAUAUUGUUACAGGUUCCGAACGAACGGGGCUAACGCCACCACCGCCACUUCCUCCCAAAGUCAAUGAUUAUUAUGGUGCUUCAACUGAAUAUACAUUAUCCACAAAUAUUACAAAUUCUUACAAUACUAAUGAACCAGAUCAGCAACAUCAACAACACCACCUUCAAAAUUCACAUUUUAAUUUGAAUUAUCCACCUUUUACAUCAACAAAUUCAUAUUACGAUCCUAACCAACAACAAAAUCAUCAGCACCAACCACCACCGGCGACACCAUCAUCAUCAGCAGGAUUACCAUCUCAGAACAGCAAUACAAAUUUCUAUCAACAUCCAACUGUCCCGCCUCAUCCUCUUUCUGCACCACCUCCUCCCGCUGUCCCUCAUCAGAAUAUUUUUUCGCAUGUUACGGUUACACCAUCACCUCUUCCUCAACAGCAGUACACACAAAAUUCUUUAGAAAUUGACGCAAACACUAUUGCAAUGAUUCAGAAACAUUCCAAAUGGGCGAUCAGCGCACUCAAUUUUAAUGAUGUCAAGACUGCUACGGAUAAUUUGAAAAAAGCUAUUGAACUAUUGGAACCUUAUAAUAAGUAA